AUGGAAGAACACAACUAUGAAAAAGGUGUACAAUUGUAUAAACAGCUUGUAUUUGACACUGAACUAACAGCCGACAAAUUGACAAUAUUAAUAACACAAGUAACAAAUAGUCUUAAGCAAACAACACCAAAAGAUAAUUGUAAUCUUCAAGCUUUAAUGAUAAUAUUGCUGUAUAACACAGACAAUCGUCCGUAUUCAUUUAACAUAUACCAGCUGUAUGUUUCGUUCAGUCAGAUCAGAAAUUAUCUAAAUACUGCAGGAGAAAAGAAAGUGUUAGAGGAAAUCAAAUAUGUUCGAAAAACGAUGACUUCACCACAGAAUAUGUUUGUGUACAUGGCCGUCAAUGUCGAUAAAUUAACCAAACACGUUCCUGAUGUCUAUGCUCCGUGGAAUAAAUUUUUUCCAGAGUUUAUGACUUUAAAAAAAACAAGGCCUAAUGUCACCAGUGAAUGGAAAUUACUUAAACCUUUUAAUGACAUAACUGAGAACGGUUAUAUUCAUUCAUCAGAAAAUGUACAAUUGUCCUCCUUUAUGCAAGUUUGUCCGUGUAUAAAUGAUUUUCACGAUCCUGAUUUGGCAGCUUUACUUGUCUGUUUACAGUAUUUCUCACAAAUGGAAGGACCUUUAUGGAAAGUAAUGAAAGCAAAAGAAUGGUCUUGUGACUUUAAUAUUUUUGCGAAUCCGAUCAAAGGACUCUUAAAUUUACAGCUUUCUACAGCUACAGACAUAAUAGCUGCGUACAAGAAGACGAAGUCGAUAGUGGAGACGCAUAAUACGAAAACGAAAUGGGACCAACAUCUUUACAACUCAGCUAAAUCGUUAGCUAUCUUAAAAUAUGUCAACGAGGAAAAAUCCAUGAUCGACAUAACAUACACAUCAUUCGAGCGCUACUGCAGAAACUUGCCGCCUGAUUAUAAUUCUCUUAUGGUGCGACGUAUUUCUGCCGUUACUAUGGACGAUAUGAGCCGCGUGGCAGCUUCGUAUGUUAAAUCGUUGUUUGAUCCGAAACGCGUCAAAACUGCCAUCAUCUGUAAUAAGUCCAAAUUCGCCGAGAUAACAAAGGCUUUUGAAGGGAUGAAAUACAAUUUUACAAAAAUUAAUUCUAAUGUACUGUGAACAAUUAUGCGAAAGAAGAACAAGACUGAUCUACUGAAUAAAACUUUUAAAACACAGUUGUAGAAAAGAUACUUCUCAUGUUAUACAGAAUGUCCGAUAAUUUCUUUAAAAUCUUUUGUAGACAGGUAGAAGAAGUGAAACUGAGUCGAAAAGUUUUGAACCAGUU